GUCAAAGUUGAGCGUAUGUCGUUUAUUACAUUCCUUUGGGCACUUGUUGAUUCGUUGAUUGUGAUUGUUGUAAAUGUAAAAUAUUUUAUGAAAGUAUUUUUUAUUUGCUGUAUGGAGUGUUGGACAAUAAUUCAUCAUUAGAAGGCGCACUGGCAAAGUCAGGAAUGUUAAAUAUAUCUGUACGGAGAGUAUAUAACGCAUUUUUCACUUAGAAUUUAAAGCCAUUGCGGAAAUGAAAGGAGGUUAGGAAUGUGGAGUAUAGCCCAGGAUAAUACUGGAGGGCAACAUGAGAUGAUCCUCACAGAGACAUGGCAGAAUUUUUGCCAUUAUGCGACCUACUAUUCAAUAUAGUAUCACUUGCAGCAUACUUCUGUGAUGUUGUCUUUGAUAUCCUAGUUGUGUAUGCUCUGUAUGAGAAGAACCUAAGAGGCCUAUUCACAGAGUGUCUGAGUGCCAUAUUACUGACCACUCUGGUUUGCCAGAUUCUAUCGCUGCAUUGGUAUCUGAAGCAUAAACCAACAGGGUUCAAAUGCAUGUUUGUGAUAGGACUACAUGUAAUGCAGUUAGGGGUGUUAUGGAGAUAUGCUCGUCUUUUAAUACCAGUUCAGUUAGGUAGUGUGAAAGGUGAAGUUAGGGACUUGUGUAUACUGAGGCUAGUUCAUGGGUUUCUUCAAGCUGCCCCUAUGCUAUUAUUGCAGCUGACAUUAUUACCAGGUGAUGAAGAUAGCCCUCCAGCAGACCUUUUGACUGUAUCUGCCUCAUUAUCUUUAUUUUCGGUAUGCUGGGCUCUAGCCUCAUUCAGCAAACAUGUUCAGCAUAUUGAACAGCUAGUCUUAACUUGGCUGGGUGUAGCAUCCCAGUUACUCUGGAGAGCUGGAACCGUCACUGCUAGGGUGAUAGCUUUGAGUGCAUAUGCUGCUAGUUACAAAACAUGGGUAAUUUUAGUAUUGGCUCUUCAUUGGGCGUGUAUGUUUUUAUGGUUACUGAGUCCAAAAAGUCCAUUUCAUGGACAAAGAGGUAGAAAAUUAGGAGUGUGUGGCUUGAUUGCGGGUGUUUACAUAUUAGCAUAUAUUAACUUGCAGGAAAAGCCUCAUAGAAGGACUAUGUUAAUAUUUUACAUAGUUAUGUUGUUAGAAAAUUGCCUGUUAGUUGGAGCAUGGCUUGCAGCAGUUUGGCCCAAUAGACCUAUGUACUGGGAACUGGUGCCUAUAUUGGCGGUGGGCCUUUUUGGAGUCGGUAUCAUCUUCAUGCUGCUGUACUACAAGUUCUUCCACGUAAAACGACUGAUGGAAAAACCGACACAACCACCGGGUGUGUUCAAUUGCCGUUUCAGUAGUCCAACGGCUUCCGCGUUGUAUCGGAAGAAAAAGAAACCGACUACAUUUGUGCCACCUCCUGGCCUCGGUCCUGUAGCUGUGCCAUUUUGGAGGCGACCCCUACCGUCAUCCAGUGAAAAUGAAGGGAGUAGCGUCGGAUCCAGAGUGAACAUCCAUCAAAAGCUACAAGAGAAAAAGCAGAAGCAGUUAGCGGAAUUGAAGAUAAUCGAAGAGGAGAUAAAACAAGGCAAACUAGUAGGACCAGAGGGAGCGGAAUUCGACGACAGACAGCCGAUUCCUACAACGAAGAGGCAUGUCGAACCACAACUGCUUAGCCUCGCCUCACUGAAUAAUCUUGCCAAUUACGGUAUCAACCUCAAUCGCAGACCACCACCACCGCGCGCUCCUCGAAGUCGUACUCCAGAGUUGUUGCUCGCACCUCGCUAUCUGUACUGUGAUUGCGUGAUGCCUCUUGAACAGGAAGCGGUAGAAUUAGCCCAACCUCACCGCUCGUCGGACAUCGAGAGCCAGGUGUCUCUACCUCGUUCCUAUACGUUACCUAGGGAGUUCAAAUAUUAUAGGAGACAAAGAGUAGGAAGGCCAAUCCAAAUGGUGGCGUCGACGAACAGCAGUGACGGGGACGUGGACAGUGCAGAUGACGAAUCAGACUGCAAUCCUCCACCUCCCGUACUUGUCAGGCCCUUGAAGCCUUUCAGACAUGAAACCAAGUUGUGAUUGUGGUCCGUCCUACUCGCUAUUAUUAGAUAAUUUGGACAUAUGUUUUUAUACUUUACAUAUAAAUAUUUUAUAUAAUUUAUAUUAAAUUAUUUAUUUUUGUAUAGCUGAUAAAUAUAAUGAUUUUAUUAUA